CAGAGAGGGAAGGAGGGAGUGGAUGAAGUGGAAAAACGUGGGCAGAAGAAACCGUAAAACCAAGAGGAGGAAAAUAUAACAUCUACACCAGAGUCAGGUUUCUUUUCCAGCUCCGGGUGUCCUCUUCCCCCCCAGUGUUGUGACAGCGUUGAUGCCUUGGUAACACAAAAUGGCCCAGGGAAACUGCUCCACAUUCCAAAAUGCAGGAAAUGAGACCAUUGUGGAUAACAAAACCGCCACCACUAUGGGUGCCCUCAUCCUCACCCUCGUCUUUCUCUUGGGCUUCCCCGGAAACCUCUUCAUCAUCUGGAGCAUCCUCGCAAGAGCCCGAAAGCACUCCGUCACCACCCUCCUCAUCCUCAACCUGGCCAUCGCAGACGGCUCCCUGAUGGCUCUCACGCCGUUCUUCAUCGUCUACCUGGUCAUGAAGAACUGGGCGUUUGGGAACAUCAUGUGCAAGAUCCUCUUCUACCUGUGCCUGGCCAACAUGUACGCCUCCAUCCAGCUCAUCAUGCUGAUGAGCGUCUACAGGCUGGUGGCCGUGCUGUGGCCGCGGCGGAUCAGCGUCAUCACCGGCCGGAGGACUGUGAUGCGGCUGCUGGCCGUGGUGUGGGCGCUGGUCAUGGUCGCCUCGGUUCCUGCACUUAUCUUCAGAGAAGUGAGGCGCAAGGGGCCCGUCUCGGUGUGCGAUUCAUUCCACAAUAAAUGCAGUGAUGUGGUCCUUCAGUACAUGCUGGAGCUCGUGUUGGGCUUUUUAAUUCCCUACGGGGUCAUCGUGGUCAGCUACAUUUGCAUCCUCCGGCGUAUCCGUCGCACCAAGUUCAACCGUCGCAUCCGUAGCGAGAAGCUCAUCCUGGCCAUCGUGCUGACCUUCUGCAUCUUCUGGCUGCCCUACCACGUCGUCAACAUGGUGCAAGUUACCUGGGCUUUGUGUCCAGAUGGUGCAGUCAAAGACAAACUGGCUGCAAUAUGGCACAGGAGUCGUGCCGUCACCUCCUCCUUAGCCUUCAUGAGCAGCUGUGCCAACCCGGUGCUCUACUUCUUCGCCGGAAAGUCCUACAUCCGACGAGAAGGACUGGCGUUCAUGGCUCGCUUGUUCGAGGGCACGGGGCUGGACUCCGGCACCAGGAAGAGCCGGCAGAACAGCCAGAACAGCCGUGACAAAGACAAAGAUGCAGGCGGCGUCAUGCUAAAGGACAAGGAGCUGGACUCUGUCACCAACUCGAGCUCUAACAUCAAGCCAGUGAAGAACGGUAAGUAGAGGACCCAUGAGGCUCGAGGGUGGUGUGGUGUCUCCGGAACAUUAAACCACUCAGGCCUUUAAAUCUUUCCUCCGUCCAGUCACAAAAAUUUUGACAAGAAUUCCUGCACAGCUGAUCCCUGCCCAUCAAAAUAAA